ACUAAACUUCUUGAGUAUCAAUGUGAACUUGUGAAAAGUGGUAAAACGCGAAAGUCGUAAAGCUGUGCGCCGCUCUAUUCCUAUGUCGUUAAAACGCAAAAUGGUGAACUCAAACAUGAACUCACUGAAAGUUAAAGGGCCAUUAUGGGAAUGGAUUCCCCUUCUCAAAAAAAGUAAAAGUGUAAGGGAUACUUCAGUGACUACAUGUAUGGACUGUAAUAGAAAUAUUUAAAACUAAUUACCAAGUAUUCAAUUUUAAGUAUUUAUUUAAGAAUCAAUCCUGAAGUGUAUCCAAGUUUUCUAAACUCGUAUUUGUCAAGGAGACGUCAAAGGGAUGUUUGAAGACAUGAGAGUAGUCAAGUAGUUUCAUUUGAAUAGCAAAUUUUCAAUGUAGGAACUAAAAAGUUUAAUGUCGUUUCGCAAACUCUUUGUAAUUGAAGAGCCUGGGUGGCUUAGAAUCCAUGUAAUACUACAAUAAGCACCUAUAGAACAUAGAAGGCUAGUGAGAUAUUAUGUUUCGAAUUGUGUCUUUGAGUGGAGCUGAAGACCCUGACGAUGAAGAAGCUGAGGAAGUAAUUUUUGAAGUCAGGUGAAAUUACUGGUUGUUUCUUAAAUCAGAGCAAAGUAAAAGUGCCGAGAUUGUAAAUGUCUCAGCGAGUGCGCACCUUAGUGAACUCGUUUGAAUAUCAUGUUGACGGCCGAGGGUAAUUUGACCUGGACGAGCGAACUGAGUACGAUAUUGCAUCAGGUUUCUUGCAACAGUACCUUUCUGGGCUGCACGGAAGAGUGCGGAACGACCUUGAGUGGAUACGAUCAUCUUUGUACUGCAGAAGCAGCAUCGUCAGCAACCCUCUUCUGCAGACCCUGUGAUUUCGGCAGCUGUGACUUCAACGUUUCCCUGGUCUUAAGUGGGUUGGAGAGUAUCGAGGGUGCUUUCCUCUCCAAGAUCCCUAGAUUUAGGGAAUGUAAUUCGACCCUUUUUGGACAGGUGUUUGAGUGUUCAGCAGCAGAAAAUGUGACAUCGGAAGAUCUGACUGUAACUUGCACACACCGAUCGCGAGCUGGGUCAGUAGUAAAGGGUCGACAAUUGGAUUGGAGUUUCCUCUUCGUUGCCGUGUUUAUUGUAGCUGGUGGUCUCGGCAACAUCCUGGUGUGUUUGGCAGUGGGCCUCGACAAACGGCUGCACAAUGUCACAAAUUAUUUUCUUUUGUCACUCGCCGUAGCUGAUCUUCUCGUCAGCCUCUUCGUAAUGCCUCUUGGUGCCAUACCCGGAUUCCUAGUCGUUUAAGGAGAGUGAAAUCAGAAAAAUAUGGGUUUCUCUUAUUGUGAAUGAUCAUGCAUAUUUGUGUGUUUGAUAUCGAUAACUGCAGGACACGUAAUGCAAUUUCGAAUACACUGAAUGUACGGUUUCAACAAUUCAAGGACUCUUCUUCAUACAUGAACAGUCGUGUAACCGAGCGAA